UGUCCUCGCGUGCGCUCACCCGGCAGUGGUGUUUUGUACCCUUUUGCGUGACAGUAAAAGCGAUUGAAACAGUUCAAACGAGCUUUGUAGCAGGAACAGUGUUAUAUUUUAACUCAGCCUUUGUCCUCUUUCUGUCGUCAUGGACGCCAUCCUGUCCUGGCUGUUCUCCUCGGAGGAGCAGGAGCUCUACAUUUUAAACUGCAUGGCUUACUUAAUGAAUUUCAUGGCAGCUUUCACCUUCGUUAGCUUAUUUUUCCAUAAAGUCCCAUACGGAAGGUAUGCUUCGAGCAAAUAUGGGUUUCCUGUUAAUGUGAAGUUUGCCUGGUUCGUUCAGGAACUGCCCUCCCUGUUGUUGCCUCUAUGCUUAGUUUUUUGGACAUCUUCAUCUAAAACUUCUCUAUUACCCAAUCAGCUCCUCAUCGCCAUGUUCCUCUGCCACUACGUUCAGAGAGCUCUCAUAUUUCCAUUUCUAAUUCGAGGAGGUAAAGCAACACCGUUCCUCUCAUUCGCCCUGGCCUUUGUCUUUUGCAUCUACAAUGGCUACAUGCAGGUUCGAUACCUGAGUCAUUACGCUGAGUAUCCUGCAGACUGGGUUACAAGUCCUCGUUUCAUCACAGGUUCUGCUCUCUGGCUGGUGGGCUGGUUGAUGAAUCUCCAUUCUGACCACAUCCUGAGGAACCUGAGGAAGCCCGGCGAGACUGGCUACAAGAUUCCCAGAGGCGGAAUGUUUGAGUACGUGUCCGGAGCCAACUUCUUGGGCGAGAUAACCGAGUGGGCCGGCUUUGCUCUGGCGGGCCACUCAGCCCACAGUUCAGCUUUCUCCAUCUUCACCGCAGUGGUCCUGGCCAACAGGGCUGUGGCCCACCACAAAUGGUAUCUUGCUAAGUUUGAAGACUAUCCUAAAAGCAGGAAAGCACUGAUCCCCUUUCUGUUCUAGAUGGCAGCAGAUCCAGACUGGAAGGUAUUCCUCACAAAACCUUCCCAGUUUUCUUUCUAAUUUCCUGCCGAUGAAAACAGACUGGCAUGCCUGGAAUUUAGGGCCGUUGUUUUUCAGUUAGAUAAUAAUUUGAAGAGACUUGACCUUUAGAAAAAA